CUUCUUUGGGCCUCAUAAACAACCACAGAACCACAAGUUGGGUAGCCUGGCAGUGUCAGAAGUCUGAACCCAGCACAGUGGUCAGCAGGCAGGACUAAUCACACUGAAUGCAAACCACAGGGUUUCGCAGCGCGGUGAGCAUCACCAACCCACAGCCAAGGCGGCGCUGGUUUUUUUAUUUUUUUUACUUUUUUUUUAAUCUUUAACAAUUUGAAUAUUUGUUUCCACAAGGUAAGAGAAAUCAUUGAGUCCCCCGCCUUCAGAAGAGGGUGCAUUUUCGGGAGGAAGCGAUGGCUUCAGACAGCAUAUUUGAGUCAUUUCCUUCGUACCCACAGUGCUUCAUGAGAGAAUGCAUACUUGGAAUGAAUCCUUCUAGAGACGUCCACGAUGCCAGCACGAGCCGCCGCUUCACGCCGCCUUCCACCGCGCUGAGCCCAGGCAAGAUGAGCGAGGCGCUGCCGCUGGGCGCCCCGGACGCUGGCGCUGCCCUGGCCGGCAAGCUGAGGAGCGGCGACCGCAGCAUGGUGGAGGUGCUGGCCGACCACCCGGGCGAGCUGGUGCGCACCGACAGCCCCAACUUUCUCUGCUCCGUGCUGCCUACGCACUGGCGCUGCAACAAGACCCUGCCCAUCGCUUUCAAGGUGGUGGCCCUAGGGGACGUUCCAGAUGGCACCCUGGUCACUGUGAUGGCCGGCAAUGAUGAAAACUACUCUGCUGAGCUGAGAAAUGCUACCGCAGCCAUGAAGAACCAAGUGGCAAGAUUCAAUGACCUCAGGUUUGUCGGUCGAAGUGGAAGAGGGAAAAGCUUCACUCUGACCAUCACUGUCUUCACAAACCCACCACAAGUUGCCACCUACCACAGAGCCAUCAAAAUCACAGUGGACGGGCCCCGAGAACCGCGAAGACAUCGGCAGAAACUAGAUGAUCAGCCCAAGCCCGGGAGCUUGUCCUUUUCCGAGCGGCUCAGUGAACUGGAGCAGCUGCGGCGCACAGCCAUGAGGGUCAGCCCACACCACCCAGCCCCCACGCCCAACCCUCGUGCCUCCCUGAACCACUCCACUGCCUUUAACCCUCAGCCUCAGAGUCAGAUGCAGGACACAAGGCAGAUCCAGCCAUCCCCACCGUGGUCCUACGAUCAGUCCUACCAGUACCUGGGAUCCAUUGCCUCUCCUUCUGUGCACCCAGCAACACCCAUUUCACCCGGACGUGCCAGCGGCAUGACAACCCUCUCUGCAGAACUUUCCAGUCGACUCUCAACGGCACCCGACCUGACUGCCUUCAGCGACCCGCGCCAGUUCCCCGCGCUGCCCUCCAUCUCCGACCCCCGCAUGCACUACCCGGGUGCCUUCACCUACUCCCCGACGCCGGUCACCUCGGGCAUCGGCAUCGGCAUGUCGGCCAUGAGUUCGGCCACCCGCUACCACACCUACCUGCCGCCGCCCUACCCAGGCUCAUCGCAGGCGCAGGGCGGCCCGUUCCAGGCCAGCUCUCCCUCCUACCACCUGUACUACGGCGCUUCGGCCGGCUCCUACCAGUUCUCCAUGGUGGGCGGCGAGCGCUCGCCGCCGCGCAUCCUGCCGCCCUGCACCAACGCCUCCACCGGCUCGGCGCUGCUCAACCCCAGCCUCCCGAACCAGAGCGACGUGGUGGAGGCCGAGGGCAGCCACAGCAACUCCCCCACCAACAUGGCGCCCGCCGCGCGCCUGGAGGAGGCCGUGUGGAGGCCCUACUGAGGCGCUGGGCGCGGCCUGGCUCGGCCCCGCGGGGCGCCGCCUCCUCCUCCGGGCCCGGGCCUCCUGUUCUCCACAAGCCCGCCGCGGCCUGGAUCUCGCCGUAGGUCGGGCCCGCGCAGCCUCCUGCGCCCGGAAGCCCA